UAAUCUGAACAGCACCAAUAAUAACAAGAACCAGAUCAACACAACAAGGAGUGUAGGGUGCUUAAACUACGCGUCCUCCAUGGCUGGGAUUACCAGUAGUCUACCUUUCAAAACACUCGUCUCUGAAAGAACGACUCCUUCUAUUCUCUUUCUCUCCUCGCUUGAGUCCAAGUUAUGUGGAAUCCGCUUAUGUAACCUUUACUUGGCCAAAAUCGAUUGCAGCCGCUCGUCUUCCGUUGCUCCGCAGGUCUCUAUAACCGCUCGGUCAAGCGGAUACUGGAGUUCCGGCGAGACGAGGAGGCCAAGAGGCAACCGGAAGGCCGAGUUCGAAGCCGAUUCCGCACUUGAUAUCUCAAGUAUCAGGUCGCCUUCCGUAAGACUUAUAGAUGAACAGCAGAAUAUGGUUGGUGUGGUGUCUAAAAGCGAAGCUCUUCAGAUGGCCGAAGAUGCUGAACUUGACCUGGUAAUAUUGUCACCAGAUGCAGAUCCACCAGUUGUCUGAAUAAUGGAUUACAAAAAAUACAGUUAUGAACAACAAAAGAAGAAAAGAGGACAGCAGAAAAAAAGUGCAGAAAAUCGCAUGGAUUUGAAGGAACUCAAAAUGGGGUACAACAUUGAUUCACAUGAUUAUUCUGUACGAUUGAAAUCGGCUCAGAAAUUUCUCAGAGAUGGGGACAAGGUUAAGGUCAUAGUGAAUUUGAAAGGCCGUGAGAAUGCGUUCAGGAACAUUGCCAUUGAGCUUAUCAGGUGUUUCCAGAAUGACAUUGGGGAGCUUGCAACAGAGGAAAGCAAAAACUUCAGUGAGAGAAACAUAUUCAUUGUUUUGGUUCCAAAUAAAGCACUUAUACAGAAAAUUCAGGAACAGCCAAAGAAAAGAGAAAAACCAGCAGUAACUGAAGUUUCGGCUGGUGUUCAAGCAUAGUCAAUGUUUCAUAGGAAUAGUUUCUGGAGGGAGCUGGUAAAUUUCAUUUUAUUCUUCAAGGGGGGUAGAAAUCCAUAUGUAUAUCAUAUUAUUGUAAUACAUCUUCCUUGGAACCACAUUGUAUUAUUUUACCAUAAUAUCAGAAGAAGCCUUUCUAUAUACACAGUAGCUACCAUAUUCCCCUACUUACCAAAUGAAAUUCGGAAUUCUUUUCCUUGUACUUUUUGAUGGGUAACUUGACUUGGAAAGCGAUCUCAAUGGCCUUAUGGCCACUACUCAUUAAUGUAUAUUAUUGAUAAUCCCCAUCAUCCUAUUAUUUCAUGUUGUCUGGUCAUAAGUGAAAAUCAUAUAUCAAAAAAGUCCAAGUUGUUGUAAUCAGUAGGUCAAUUUUGUUUUGGGCACGGCUGAAAGGAUUAAGACAGUGUCUGGUCAGUGCUCUCUGAUAUUCUGCUACAUGGACAAUCUUUUUCCUCUCUAGGUGGUAUCAGACCAUAGACCAACCAUUCACAAAAUCUCUAAAUUGAUGAAUGAUGGGCUUUUCUAUGACAAUAAUAGCCAGGUGGAUGGAAUUUCCAGUACAUGAUUGAAGCUUCUUAAGAACAAAAGUGGGCAAUACAAUCCAUUUUCUUGAUUUCUGAAUUCUGAUUCAGUGGUUCCUUUAUAUUAUAUGGAUGGACAUGCUUCAAAUAAUGU